GAUGACGAGAAUGACGAUCCGCAAUGGUCGGAUGAGCAGAUCAUUUCUCGAGAAUUCGUCGUAAAUGGAUUGAAGAUUGGUCGAGAAGAGAUUUUCCUUCUCAAACGACAAACGAAAACGAUUUUUCAAGUUCUAGAAAAAGCCUGGUCACUUUCCGAUUGUCAAUUGAUUGACAUGAAAGUCGAAUUCGGGGUGACAACAAAGGGGGAAAUUGUGCUCGCCGAUGUUAUUGAUAAUGAUUCGUGGCGUGUUUGGCCUGGAGGUGACAAACGACUGCAACUUGACAAACAAAUGUAUAGAGACAUGACAGAGGUAACAGCCGAAUCUCUACAAGAACUCGUUAAAAACUACGAAAAGGUAGCCGAGCUAACGGGCGAUUGGAUUCGUUUCCCAAAGUGUCGAGCACUCAUCAUUAUGGGAUCCACCGCCGACACGGCGUUUUGCGAGAAAAUCGAGAAAAAUUUGACCCGUUUGGGAGUGAUGAAAUGCGUUCGCGUCUGCUCGGCUCACAAGGCAACGACAGAGGCUCUCCAUUUGGUUGCCGAGUACGAGGGUGACGGAGUGCCGACAGUUGUGAUCGCCGUGGCGGGACGCUCGAAUGGACUCGGGCCUGUGAUUGCUGGGAAUUCAUUCCUACCGGUGAUCAACGCCCCGCCCGGAGGUCCAGAGUGGAUUUCGCAAGACAUUUGGUCAUCACUACACACUCCAUCAGGCCUUGGCUGCACAACAGCUCUCGGAGCCGAUGAGGCGGCGUUGGCUGGUGCGAAAAUCCUCGCCUCGCACGAUCACAUGGUAUUUGGACGGAUUCUCUGCGAUCAACUCAACAAUUUUCUUUCAAUUUACAAAGGCGACAAGAAGUUCACCAGC